AUGGAGGGCCGGCAGGCCACCCAGGUGCACGUGGAUGAUAUGAUGAUGACGGGCGACGAGGAGCCCACCAACAAGGUUGUCUCCACCUUGAAGGACAAGUACGAGAUGAAGGUUCAAGGCCCCUUUGGCUCACCGGGCGACGAGUGGAACUUCUUGAACCGGCGGUACACCGUUGAGGAGGAUUUCUCCAUUACGGUGCGACCCGAUGCAAAGUUCUACGUCGACAUCAAUGAGAUGCUCGGGCAGCCACGUGCCCGCUCCACUCCCGGACCGGGUAGAGGCGACAGCCUGUUCAACGUGGACACCACCAAGCCCUUGGACAGUGCAGACUCCCGGCUGUUCCGGACCAUGGUCGGUAAGCUCUUGUACUUGAGCAACGAGCGGCCCGAUGCCCAGGUGGUGAUACAGUACCUGGCCUCCAAAUCGAGCUGCCCCACGGAGCAGUCGAUGAAAAUCCUCAAGCACCUGCCUGGCUACUUGUAUGCCACCCGUGGCUAUGGCGUGAACGUAAAGAACCGAGCUGGUGCCGUCAGCGACAGCAACUUUGCAAACGACCGCGAGACCCGCCGGAGCUUGUCUUCAGGGCAGGUCUACCUCAACAGCGCGUUGGUGUACAGUUUCGUGAGGAACCAGAAGGUCGUCACUCUGUCGAGUGGCGAAGCAGAGCUUGUGGCACUGACGCAGACGGUCUCGGAGGCAGUGCUCAUCAAGAAGGCUUGGGCUUUCAUCUUUGACGGCCCAGUGGACAUGAUCGCCCGCACUGACUCGAGUGUGGCACGGGCAAUCGCCCAAAGAGCAGGCGUCGGCAGAGUGCGCCACCUGCAGACUUCAUGUCUAUGGAUACAGAUGUGGACAGCCUCUAAAGAGCUCAAGGUCCUGGCCAUCCCCACCGAGACCAACCCAGCUGAUGCUGGAACUAAGGUGCUUACCGGAGCACGGCUCAAGAAGCUAUGCGGCUCGAUGGGCAUGGUGGAUGGCAGCGGCAACUUGAUCAAGGACGACACCAACCACAAGGCCAAAGCUGGAAAUGCGAUCAAGGGAUGUGACAAUGGACGCCCCGAUGACCUGAAUUACAUCCUGGACUACCUCCUCGAGAGCUUCUAUGUCAUCGGCUAUAUGCUUUCUAUGGUUGGUGGCGGCUACCUCUACGUGUUGGCCGGCAUCAUCGUGAUGAUCCUCAGCGUCUACCUGGUCUUUGGCGCGCGCUGGCGAGUUACUUUUGUGCUAGAGAACCGCCCCUACACUUCAGGGCUUGGGCCGGGCUACGCAGAUGGUGGUUCAACUCCCGAGGGGGCGCCUUCCAGCGCUUCGAGAGGAGACGCCGAGAACGACAACACCAACGAGGACCAGAUCUUCGAGGACACCUCUGGCAACGCAACGAGUUCGAGAACACCUUUGCUGGACACAGCGA